UCUCGCUUUUGGGCUGUCCUCAUUGGUAUCGAUACAUACGAGUCUAACCCCCUGCACGGGUGUGUAUCGGACGCACUGUUAAUGAAGAAAGCGCUGAUCAAAGACGUCGGCGUGCCAGAAGAUCGAGUCCAGUGUCUCCUUGGCGCACGAAAUCCCAUCCUUGGCAAUUCUUUAACACCUUCCCGUGCCAACAUCGUAAACACACUCCAGAGUCUCAUUACCAACCCUCAAAUUCAGUGGGGAGACAAUAUCAUCAUCUAUUAUGCCGGACACGGGGCGAGCUACUACUGCUCAGAGCAUUUUUCCACAGAAGAACCUGAAUGCCAGACAGGUGCCUGUCCCAUCGAAGCUCUCUGCCCCAUCGAUCGCGACAGCAUGGACUCUGAUGGACACUGGAUACCAGACAUCUGCGACAGAGAGCUCAGCACUCUGUUCACACAUAUAUCACGGGCGAAGGGACAUCAUAUCACGCUCUUUACGGAUUGC